AUGAUUUACUUUUCUCUUUUCUUCCACGUUGCCAUUUUCAAAUUUCUGAAUAUGGCCGAGGGAAUGUUCAAGGCAUUGUUGUGGGGCUUUGCGGCAAUGGCGUUUGCAAUGGCCUCGGGGGCUCGUGGACAGCGAGUGCCUUGCUAUUUCGUUUUCGGAGACUCAGUCUUCGACAACGGUAACAACAAUGCCUUGAAUACCUCCGCCAAAGUUAACUAUUCACCUUACGGUAUGGAUUUUGCUAGAGGUCCUACGGGCCGGUUCAGCAACGGCCGUAAUAUUCCCGACUUUAUCGCUGAACUAAUGAAAUUCGAUGAUUACAUUCCACCAUUCACCGGAGCAUCGCCGGAACAAGCUCACAUCGGAAUAAACUACGCAUCUGGUGGCGGCGGGAUCCUCGAAGAAACUAGCUAUCAUUUGGGUGGUAGAAUCAGUUUUAAGAAACAAAUAAAGAAUCACCGGGAGAUGAUUAUGGCGGCGAAAGUGCCGCAGGAGAAACUGAAUAAAUGUCUAUACACAAUAAAUAUCGGAAGCAAUGAUUAUCUCAACAACUAUUUCAUGCAAGGUGAUCAUUACAACACCUCACUGUAUGUCCUCGGAGCAAGGAAGGUGGCGGUAUUUGGGGUCAGUAAACUCGGGUGCACGCCGAGGAUGAUCGCCUCCCAUGGUGGCGGUACAGGCUGCGCCGCUGAUGUUAACAGUGCGGUUGAAAUUUUCAACUGGAAGCUCAAAGCUCUGGUCAGAGAGUUCAACACAAACUUAGCCGAUGCUAAGUUCACUUACGUCGAUCUCUUCACCGGCCAAACUACUCUUGCGUAUGCUGCCUUAGGGUUUGCGGUAACACAAAAGAGUUGCUGCACGGUAGAAUCAGGGGAAGAACUAUGUGCGGCGAAUAAACCGGUUUGUGCGUUUCGAAGACGGUAUGUGUAUUGGGACAAUGUCCACAGCACUGAGAUAGCCAACAUGUUUGCGGCAAAGGCUGCGUUCGCCGGAGUCAUUGCUUUUCCUUACGGCCUUGCUCUACUUGGAAAAUUAUAGGGACUAUAUAUACAUUCUUUAUUUUUUUUAAUUCAACCAGAAAAAUUUGUUGAAAAUGGUGAACAUUAGCCUGUGAGCAAAUAUAUAUGUCCAUCACUUAAUUGUUAGAAAAUGUAAUCGGCAAUUUAAGUCAGAUAUACAUAUGGCUGACUUUAGUUUUUAUUUUUGACAAAAAUAAAAUCAAAUUAUCUAAGAUAAUUGUUGCUUGAAAGCCUUCCAAAUUAAUUC